AUGGAGGACAACAGCCGUAGCGAAAGUCUGUGCAAAGUCUGCGGCGACAAGGCUUCCGGAAAGCAUUACGGAGUACCGAGCUGCGACGGAUGUCGCGGAUUUUUCAAGCGGUCGAUCCGCAGGUAUGCAAGGAAUUUGGACUACGUUUGCAAGGAGAAUGGUCGCUGCAUCGUGGACGUUUCGCGUCGCAAUCAGUGCCAGGCAUGUCGUUUCACCAAGUGCCUUCAGGUUAACAUGAAACGAGAUGCGGUUCAGCAUGAAAGAGCUCCACGGAACACGUCGUCUUUGGUAGCAGCUGCGAGGAGAGGUCCUGCGGGACUGUACUCAGGAAUUUCUCACGUUUACCACGCGGCGAGCAAUCCUUAUCAUCCCCUCCUGUAUCCCGCGUUGUUCCCAUUCAAGCCAACGGUGCCAACGUUCACGUCAUCGGUUGCACACUUUUUGCCGCGGUCGCCAACAGAACCAUUAACGGUGGCUGCUGCCAAGGAGGACGAGGUGACAAGCUCCGAGGAAGCUGGAUCGAUGGACACUAGGAUCGAGACAAAGGAGGAGCUUGCAAGUACUCGAUUAGCACCUCCAAUCGUCAACUCCGUGUCCUCGGAAUACAUUACCAAUUUCUCCAUUUUACCCACGGAAAAUAUAUACGAAUUUGCUGCAAAAUUACUCUUCUUCGCUGUCAGAUGGGCGAGAAGCAUUCAUUCCUUCUUGCAGCUGCCCUACAGAGACCAGACUAUUCUUCUGGAGGAAUCCUGGAGCGAACUUUUCGUCUUAACAGCCGCCCAGUGGAAUUUUCCUGUCGAGGAAGCCACCUUGGUGCCCAGCGAUUUGUCGUCUGAAAGGAAAGAUAUGCUCGUCGACGAAGUGAGAAAGCUGAGAGAAUUGUUGGGAAAAUGCACCCUCCUCAGAGUCGAUCAUUCGGAGUACGCUUGUCUUAAGGCCAUAGUUCUUUUUAAAGGAGAAUCGCGAGGACUCUGCGAACGAGGAAGGGUAGCAACAUUGCAAGAGCAAACGGUCGCCGUAUUCUGCGAAAGGGAUGCUCGAAGGGUUGGUCGUCUGUUGUUGCUGUUACCCCCGGCGCGUGCCCUCUGUCGAUCAACCCUGCAAGAAUUAUUAUUCAAACCAACGGUAGGCGAUGUCAGCGUGGAACGGUUGUUGGGCGACAUGGUCAGCGCGCUCAGGCCAACAUAA